AUGCCGACCACGCUACCAGCACCGUCCAAACCGUUGACCCCUGGGCUUGACUUCAGUUCCCAUGUGUACCUGCCCGACGAAGACUCCAUAGAGGUUUUCAAUCGUGACAGCGCCGAAGUUCUCGAAUGGGUUCGGGACAACCUUCAGGCAGGCAUCCAGAGAUUUUCUGGCCUCCAACAGCUCGCACUGUUAUCACUUCGUCGAGGGUCGCAACAUGCCGGUCCCAUAUAUAUCGAUGCACGCGAAAGCGAAGUCAAGCUGCUUGGUGCGGCACCGAAGGACGCCGAGCCUGACGUGGUAGCAAAUAUUGCGCCGGCCUGUGUGCUGGACGCCAUCACAGGCCGCCUGCUGACACAAAACAUGUUCACCAGGCAUGCAGACCCCCCGUGUCCUGGUGCCUUUGCGUCGUGUUUUGCUCCCCUGGGUCUCCCAGGCCCCAUGACUCCGGGGAGCGAGCUGGACCAUGACAGCUUGCCUAAGCCCACAGAGGAUCCCGAGCAGAUCAAGCGGGAUAUCAAGAAAUGGGGCUAUGCAUACCUGGCCAACGCCCUUUCGCCUGAGCAAGUCAAGAUCCUCAGGCGUGCCGUCCUAGAACAAGGAGCUGGUGAGCGGAUCAAUGGAGUCGCGCAUAUGCAAGGGGACAACCAACGUAUAUGGAAUCUUCCUAACAAGGGUGAUGAGUUCCUCGACAUGCUCAAUCACCCUUUGCUUGAAACCUUCGCGCCAUGGUUCUUGGGCGAAGGUUUUCAGAUCUACAACAUGUCAGCUAAUGUUGCUCUCCGAGGAGGAAGUGGCAUUCAUAUGCACAAAGACCAGUCGUCGAUGCCACCCGAUCAAAUCGAUUUUUCGUACAUGUUGAACGCCAUAUGGUAUUUGACCGACUUGACACCUGAGAAGGGUGCCACUCUGAUAUACCCCGGGUCGCAUUUGAAGAACGUGGCACCCCUGGGACACAUGAGUGAUGCUGGAGGCUCAAUUCCUGCCUGCGCUCCCGCUGGGACGGUCCUGCUUCUAGACAGUCGCGCAUGGCACUCCACGGGCGAUAACCACACAGAUGAGCCCCGGCCGCUCGUCAUUCUGACUUUUGUCCGAUAUUUCGUGCAGAAGAUGGAAGACUACCCGCGGCUUCUCACCGAGGAGGUAAAGGCAAAGUUAUCCGAUCGCCAGAAAGUCCUCCUCGGAUUUCCAGUGCCUGGGGCGCACGGUUCCGGGUACAACGCCUACAAGAGAAAGGGAGAGGAAGCAUCGGAAAUGCGCGCUCCAGUAUCUGGAAACCUAGCACUGCCAAACUAG